GAAAUCAACAUGAAGUCGUUUCUGUUGUCCUUACGCACGGCUGCGUUCAUCUUCAUUCUUUUCUCUGAGUGUGUGAGUGGGAAGGACUGUACAUGUGAGCUGAACAACUUGCAGCGUCCUUUUCCGAUGGAGAAACUCAACUCGAUUCUCACUGAGGCUGACCAGUGCACCAAGAGCAUCACUUCAACACAGUUCAUGGAGGUGGAUGUACUGAUGUUGGGGGUGCAGCGGCGGCUGGAGCAGCUGGAAGAGAGCGUGUCUGUGUUGGAGAAGGAGGACGAUGGUGGUCUGUACGGUGCUGUUUCACUGCGAAUCAUUGAGCUCGAACUCGCUGAGGUUCUGGAGCUCAUGAGUAAACUGAACAAAACCAUCAGCUCCCACAAGCAGCUCAGUCAGAGCACCGCAACCAAGUUGCAAAGCAUGACAGAGGGCAUGCAGGAGCUCGAGGCCUUUGAUCUUUCGCACGUGGUGAGCAAACAGCGAGAAAAUCAGCGUGUUAAGCAAGAAUUGGCUGAUUGCCAGAACAAGCUUCAGGCCACUCCUCAGCCUUCCACUCCUCAGCCACGACGCUGUCCACAAGGACAUUUGGUUAAUGUGACCGGCCCUAGAACUUACUCCCUUACCCAGUAUGGAACCUCAUACUCUUACGGCGCCUGGGGAAAAGACCCAAAACCUGCUCCAGGGAAGGAGGACACGUACUGGCUUGUAGCUCUAACCAGCAGUAAUGCUUUUACCAAUUAUGUGCGAAAUUACAGCAGUUUAAGCACUAUGCUGGUUGGUGUGGGUGCUGCAGACAGCAGCAUUGCUUCCUCAAACCCCACCACAAACACUAUUGUGGGCCCUAACGUCGUGAUGUACAGAGGUGCGCUAUACUACAACUGCUAUAAUGUACCAUCUGUGUGUCGCUUCAACAUCUCUGCCCGCUCCGUCACCAAUACACCACUUCCAAAAAACUCUGGUGCUAAUAACAAGUUUCCUUUCGGCCACUUGGACGCUGCGUACAUCUACACAGACCUGGAUUUUGCCACAGACGAGUCUGGUGUCUGGGUCGUCUACUCAUCAACAGAAAAUUUUGGCAAUGUGAUCCUUAGUGAAGUGAUAGAAGGAAGUCCUCCGUCUCUGGGUCGGACGUGGAACACGUCGCUGCACAAGCGCACUGUCACGAACACCUUCAUGGUAUGUGGAGUGCUUUAUGCCACACGAUUCCUGGACAAACAGACGGAGGAGAUUUUCUACUCAUUCGACACGGAGACAAGAGAGGAGCGAUACGAUCUGAAGAUCCGCAUACAGAAGAUGCAGACCAACAUCCAGUCUCUGAAUUACAACCCACAAGACCGAAUGCUUUACAUAUACAGCGACUCAUACAUUGUGUCAUAUGCUGCUGUGUUUAACUAAACAAUUAUCUUCUCUUACAUCUAUGUGACAGUCAUUCAAAUUCCUUUUUAUAGAUGCUUGUGGUUUAUGCUGGAACUGGAAUCUUCUAAUUGUUGUAACAAAUUUCUAAAAUAAAAUGUUGGCAGUUUCUUUUAUUUUUUCAGAAAUAAUAUCUGCACAGUUUAUUGUCACUGUUUUUUGAAAAUACAUUUUUACCAAUAAAA